UCUUAAAAUACUGAGAUGAGCUCUGGCUUUUGGCUUUCACAUUCAAGAACCAGAAUCACCAUUGACAGGAUUCCCUCCCUUUCCCAUUUAGAUUUGGCUGGGACCCCCAGGAUGGUGCUCCAUUUCACUCUGCUCCUGCUGCUCUCCCUCUGUACUCAAGGAAUGAUGGAUGAAGCUGCACCUUUUUCUCCUUCAGUGCCUCCAGGGGAGGAGGAUGAGUGUGGAGAGGUCUUCUCCCUGGAGUCCAACCACAGGGCGGUGGAGGCGUCUCUGACCAAACUGGGCCUCACGCUGCUGGAGCACCUCAAGCCAAGUCCAGAGCAACCCAAUGUACUCAUCUCCCCUCUCAGCAUUGCCCUCGCACUCUCACAGCUAGCCCUGGGGGCACAGAAUGAAACCCAAGCACAGCUUCUGAAGGCACUCCAUGCCAACGAUCUGCCUUGUUACCACAAGCUCCUCAGUGGCCUGCAGCAACACCUCAACACCAUGGCAAUACAGGUGGCCUCGCGACUAUACCUGCGCCCAGGUUUCAAGGUUAAGAAGGAGUUUGUGCAGGAAUCAUUACACCUGUACAAGUCAGAGCCCGCCCCGCUGACCGAUGUGGAAGAAGUCAACAAGUGGGUGGAGGAGGUCACACAUGGUCACAUGACCAACUUCCUGACCAGCAUACCUCGAAGUGUGGUUCUGCUGCUCUUGAAUGCACUCUAUUUCAAAGGGGAAUGGGAAUCCCGUUUUGACAAGGAGCUCACUGGCAAAGACCGGUUCUACAUCAACAGCACCACACCUGUAGAGGUGGUCAUGAUGGUGGCUCCCAAGUACCCACUGAGCAUGAUGCUCGACAAUGCACUUGGGGCCCAGGUGGCUCGAUUCAGAUUCCAGAACAAUACCAGUUUCCUGGUGGUGAUGCCCAGUGGCACAGGGUCGGAAAAUGUGUCCACAGUAGCAGCCAAGCUGAACAUCUCUGACCUCUACACUCGCUUGCCGGCUGAGAGCACCAUGCAGGUCAAAAUGCCUAAGUUUAAGCUGGAGUACAAGCAGGAGCUGCAGGAACCUCUGACCAAAAUCGGUCUGGGCUCUCUGUUCGCCUCCCCGGACCUGUCUGGCAUCACGGAAGGCCCCCUUCAGGUGUCAAGUGUACAGCACGCCUCAGCCAUCACCCUGAGCGAGGAGGGCGCAGAGGCCUCGGCCGCCACCGCCAUCCACCUGCUCCGCUCCGUGCCCAUGUUCGCCGUCAACAUGCCCUUCCUGUUUGCCCUGACUGACGACACCACACACGUGCCCCUGUUCCUGGGUGUCAUCACCAACCCCAACCCCCACAGCUGAGUGAUGGAGCGCCCGCAAAGUGACAACAUAACGCAGGGAAAGAUAGGCCACCCCCCGCAAAGCCAAUGGCCCUCUUCCCCGUAAUAAACUAAAGCUUCAGUCAUAUACAGUCCACUCAGUAUUCAGACCACUGAUAAUUCAUUUUUAUUCCUGAUACCUUUUUUAAAAAUUGCUGAUUUUUUUUAAAAAGGGAAUUUGAUGUAGAUUUAUGAUGGGAUGGGAUUCAUUUCAGUGAUUUGAGAAUGAGGAGGUUGCAAUGUAACAAAGUGUAAAAAAGUGAAGUGGUCUGUUCUCUGAAUGCAGUCUGCUUUGACCCUCUUGAAAAAGGACUGUUCUCUGUAGUCACGGGUUGAAACAGAUGGACCUGUUGAGACAACAAAAAUCUCUUCAUGAAACUCCCAUUUGGCCAAAUUCUCAAUAUCAUAUCUGUUGUUACCUCUUUGUGCAGUGUACGUAGUUGCGUGCUGAUAUCCCUGAUUUGUUCUAGUGUGUAUUAUUUUAGUUCUUUAUUGCUUCAGAGAAUGUUUCUUUUUUAAACAUGGUAACAUUUCUUUCUCAAAAGUAGUAUCUCAAGAUCAAUGAUGAAAGGUGAAUUAUGAUUAUAUGGGAGUAUUAAAAAAGAAAUGAAUCUUGUUUUGUUAUUUUCACAGAAAAUCUUAUUACCAAAUGCAAUGGUUAUUAUAAUUAUUAUAACCAAUACUAUAUUAUAAGUUCAUGUAACUCUAUAAUGUAACUAUAUUUAUUAUAAUUUAACUACAUUAUGAAAUGUUGCUUUUGUUAAUUAAAAUACCAAAGACAUCCUUGGGUAAGCAGGCAGAGGCAACUUUAAUGAUGGAUAGAAACCACAAGGCGAUUUGUAUGAAAAUAAAAAGUUCACCUGUAUAAUUCAGAGUAUACAGCCAUGAAAAUGAAGAAAUUAACCAAAUUUAAACAAACAGGCCCAACAGAUACAAGCUGUUUUUUUUUUUACUUUUUUGAAUACAGUGGAUAUUCUAUUCACAGUGAUUUUAUACAGCAUGAAAGCAUGUAAGAUAACCAUACAUUCUGGACAGCACUUACAAAAGCUGGGACGUCAAAGACGCACACGUUAGAAGCUUAAAAAAAAAAAAAAGUAAGAAAAAAGGACAAACAUAUCAUGGCUAACCUUGG